GCUGCGCCCAGGCAGGUGGCGAGAAAGAAGCGGCAGCCAGGUAGGCGACGGAGGCUCCCCCACCUCCGGCCUCCGAUUUCAUCACUGGGGAAAUUUCAGAGGCAAUGAGCCUCGGGCCAGCUUCCGCUCCGCGUCCGCACCCACUGAGGGAAGGUAUAAAAACCCGAGGGAACGCCUGCCGGGAAGAAAGGAGGCGAGGUCUCUCUUCGGACGGUCUCAGCAGCUCCGCGCCACCUGCCUGUACAACAUAGCCGCCUGCGCAUCCUUCACCUUCGGACGGCAACCCGCCACGCACAGGCUCGAACAGGAUGGCAAGCAGCUGCAGCUCCCAAACCGUCGAAGGUGCCCUUCUACUUUUGGGCUUCCACCUAUUUCAAACCGUUCUUGGGACAACUGUGACCCCGCUCUGCGGAAGGAAUGAAACGGGAAACUGCACGACAGUUCUGCUUCGAACAGUACACAGUCCCCGUGUCGCUGAAGUGAAGACCACAGAAUGCGGCUCUGCCUUGAAAAACUACUGCAUUAAUGGGCACUGCAAGUACCUCGUGGCUUUGAGUACACCCUCUUGCACCUGUGAAGAUGGUUAUUAUGGCGACCGGUGUGGUCAUUCCACUUUGACAAGCCAGCAGCCCCUGAGCAAUGAAUACCUGGCGCUCACCAUUCUCCUGGUUCUGUUUUUCAUCAUCACCGCUGCAGUUGUGAUCUACUACUUCUACAAAUGGUACCAGAACAAAAGCAGGAGACUUGCUGCAAGCAGUAACUAUAAAGAAGUUUCUACAGAGACGGAAAAAGACAAUAAGCUGCUUCAUGUCUGAAUCCCGGGAAUCCCAGAAGGCAUUUAUUUAAUAUUAUUAUUAAAUAUUUUAUUAAUAAUAUUUAUGUUCCAAAGCAAAAUUUCAAAAUGAUGCGGAUCAGGUCAAAAACUCCAUUUUUUAUAUAUACAUGAAUAAUGUUUUUAUUUGUAUUGUAUUUUUUUAUCUUAUUUCUGUGCAAUGUCUGUUAAUGUAACGCCAUGGUGUCUUGCGUUCCUUUGUGUGUAAAUAGUUAUAUAUAAUAUAUAAAAGAAUGUAAUCUUCUCACUGCUUGUAUGUGACCCACUUUGGAAAGACAUAAUUUUUUGUGUGUCUAUCCUGUUCACUUGAAGAAACUCUACACUCGUUUGAGGAUUAAAUCUUUCCAUUCAUUCUAACUGAUUCGUACCAUGGUUCUUACACUCUGGUUCAGGAAACGCUGGGCUUCCUUGAAAGCAUGCCUGGUUUUCUCAGCCAAUAAUGGCAGAGAAGUUUCCUUGAAAGACGUCUUGUUCCCUACGUCCAAGCUUCCUCUUCAAUGCACAACUGCAAGAGGGAGGAGGAAGGCCCAGAGCUCGAUGUUAGAGCAUGCGUUUGCAUUCCAGGCACAUGACGCUCGCGGCCUGGUGUGGGGCCAGUCAGGAAUAAGACUCAGGACAUUGGUAUAGGGUUGAGAUAGGCCACAACUUUUAUUGCUUACAGAUGUGCAUAGGCUUUGGCCAAGGCACUGGGUAUGUCUGACAGCUGGUUGAUAAGCAGGGUGGUGGGGGUCGACCCUGACAUUUGCCAGGUUUACAAUCCCACCAGGACUGAACAUUGAGAAGUUUGUUAUGACCCAUCAGCUGCCAUGUGGACAGAGAGUCAGAAACACCCCUUCCUGGACCCCUUUAACAGGGUACCCAGUCAGCUCAGGAUCCCACCCAAUGCCUUCUCUGCCAAAAGCUGUGACGGUUGCUAUGAGGUAGGCGAAAACUUGCAAGACCAGUCAGUUUUUCCUGCAGGAAAAGAAAUCCUUCCUGGCCCCGAAUACAGUGAUCAAAUAUACCAUAGGAAGGCCCACACUCUGAAUCUGAAGGAAGUAAGAGGGAGGUGGCAUGGCACAAGUAUUCUGGGCAGCAGUUCCAGGAAUAAUCAUCACCAUAAUGAAUAAAAAUAUGCGUCGGACUGAUUUGUCACCUGUUACAAAAAGGCUUACAGCACAAAAAUGCCGAAGGCCAAUACCAAAAAUCUGCCAUUCAACAUCACUAGGUUUGUAGGUAUGGUGCCAGGCAGACCACACUAUCAGAAUAUUCCACAGACCCUCCAAGUCCCCCUCGGGUGGGGCAGGGGACACAAAGAAGGGCCUCAGAAGAUCUAAGGGUCCGGGUAGGUUCAUAUGGGAAGGGGAAUCUCAGAAGACCUUCGGACACCAGAGAGCGAUGGAGUUGGAUGUGUGAAAGUGGAGAUGUACCGGGAUAUGGUGAUGGAGAUGAUGGAGCCUCCAAGCAGAAAGACCAGAGGGAGGAAGUUCUGGGGCAAAGAGGUCGGACUGCACGUGUGUAUUGCUGGUGCUGAAAGUCAUGGGAAUUGAUGGGGCUCCAUGGGGAGAGUGGGUAGAGAUGAUACAGUAGAUAAGUUUCCUCCCUAUGGAAACAUUGAAACAGUGACCGGGUGGGUAGGGAGAGAACCAAAUUAUGGAGACCCGGGCAUUAAGGGAGUCAAACAAGAGAGACUGUUCCCUAUCAUACGGCCCCUUAUAUUCUUACACGUGACACAGCCUGCAAUCCUUUGCCCUGUGCAUCUGAGAUAAGCACCACUGAACUGAAUCAGACAUAAAUAUGCAAAUCCUAAACCCACUUAACCUGGGAAUAAGAAGCUCUUCCCUCAAUAGGACUGAACAGGCACGGUUAGGCUCGCACUCUUACUUCUGUUCUGAGCAGGCAUGUAAAGGAUUGUGUCAAGGGUGAUUUCCAGCCAGAGGAAUGCACAUGGCACAUAGCUAAGUAUUUAUCGUCAAAGGUAACACUUGGUCGCUUCCGCAGCCCUGGAGACCUACGCACACCAAUCUAGCAUCUAGGCAGCUAGUCCCAGGUCUGAGCUCUAUGGAGCAGUUGCAGCAACAGGGGACCACUCCCCCUCCACUAUACUGUUUAUGUAGCUUCCGGACUGCGUGCAUGCAGCCGGAGACUAUGCCUGUGUGGUGAUGUCCUCUGCUCCUCCCUUUUCACCCCUCUCCUGGUACUGUGAGACACUGGUGCAGGAGAGGGUGGGGAAGCACCUGGCCCUUCCCUUGCCUGGCCUGCCUUUUCCUCCUCUUCUUCUGACCCGCUCUGUGCUCCACCCUCCAGCUUUGCAGCUUCCCUUGCCUCAAACUCUUGUUUCCUGGCCAAAACAGCCCCCCACAGAUCACUGACCCUCUCUCCCAAGUCAAACUCCAGACCUACGUCCCCCGGUGCACCCCUGUCAGUGUCCUGCCAGUCCCCAACAGAUUUAAUUUGUGUUGUAGAGGAAAUGUUAUAUAGAACUCCAGCUUACAUCUAUGCAAGUUAUUCUCAACAACCAAUGGCUCUCAAUACAGUCGUACCUUGGAAGUCAAACGGAAUCCGUUCCGGAAGUCCAUUCGACUUCCAAAACGUUUGGAAACCAAAGUGCGGCUUCUGAUUGGCUGCAGGAAGCUCCUGCAACCAAUCGGAAGCCACGGAAGCUCUGUCGGAUGUUCAGGUUCCAAAGAACAUUUGCAAACCAGAACAAUCACUUCCGGGUUUGCAGCGUUCGGGAGCCAAAAUGCCUGAAUACCAAGGCGUUCGGGAGCCAAGGUAUGACUGUACAAGCAUGUGCGAAUUAAGGACAGUUCUGGGAAACGGUGCUAUAUCUUGGCAGCUCAAGACAUUUCCCGUUAUCAGAUCCUACCAGAAAGGAGACUGGAAAGAGAAACCGGCCCGCAGUCCCUCCACUAGAGGCUGCUGUGACAUCAGAGCAAGAACAGAGAAGACAAACAUGAGCUGGAGCAAUCUAGUGCAGUUUGAAUGAAAGAAUUCAAGCACUCGCUCGUACAGAUCAAAAUGCAUCAUCUAGGUUUGCAACCUAGCCAGACAACGAAUAUUUCAUCAUUCCCACAUUCCCAUUCUGUGAAUCAUCAUCUUUAGUAAGGAGAAAUCUAUAACCUUUGCUUUGUUCACAUUGAAACAGCAUGCAUAUUUCAGCUCUUGAAGGAAUGUACCUCAGGUAUAAAAUAGAUGCGGUGUGUGCAGAUGAUUAAAUAUUUUAAAGAAAACGAAUACAAUAGGCUUUGUUCUGGGCAGAAACUCAAAAGGGACAAGGAACCCCCCAGUGGGGAACAAUUCCUAGCGCCACAGCAAAAUUCUUUCGAGCUUGCUGACAUCAUCAAAGCAAUAUCAGGUGUUCCCAGCAAAGAAUAGGAUUUCCAAGGAGGCAGAGCAAUCAUGCCAACGACAGUAGCAAGAGCAAACAAAAAAUU